AUGAAGAGGGGACUGAAAUGGAGCGACGGCGAGGAUGGUGAUACGUCGUCGUCCGGCGAUUCUUCAGCUCACGAUUCCGAUGCAGAAGAUGGAAAUGGGAGCUCGAAAACCCAAUCCUCAAAGUUCAAAGCUUCUCAAGAUUAUGCGAAGAAGAAAAAAGGCAUAGACUUUGAAGCCUUGAGCCGGCACGGGUACAAAGGAGGACUAUCGGUCUUGAAAGUGCCGGCACCAAAGGAACCCGAGAAGGAGCAAAACUGGUCUUGGUCCACAGGGAAAGACAAACAGCAGCAAAAGGGAGGAGAAAAAGAAGAAGAAGAAGAAUCUUACGAGGAACGAAUGAAAACGAGAGCCGCCUUAGCCAGUGGAGAGCGCCUUUUGAAUGUUCAGACUCGAAGUGAACGAAGUAAUGCUAACAAUUUGUCAUUUCAACAGAAGGAGAAAAGAAAACGGGACCUGGGCCAAGCUAGCAGGGGCAAGAGUUAUGUCGAGGAGGAAAAAAGAUUGCUGAGGGAAAGCGGUAUAUACUCUGGUUUCGAUUCUUGA